CGGGGCCAAAGCCGGAAGUCGCGCGGUGCCAACGGAGCCCGGCCAUGGCGGGCGUGAAAGCUCUCGUGGCGCUGUCGUUCAGCGGAGCCAUCGGGCUGACGUUCCUCAUGCUGGGCUGCGCCCUGGAGUAUUACGGUGUGUACUGGCCCCUGUUUGUGUUGAUUUUUUACUUCCUCUGCCCCAUUCCCCACUUCAUUGCCAGGAGAGUGGGUGAUGACAGCGAUGCAGCCAGCAGUGCCUGCAGGGAGCUGGCCUAUUUCUUCACCACAGGAAUUGUUGUGUCUGCCUUUGGAUUUCCCAUCAUCCUGGCACGGGUGGAAGCUAUCAAAUGGGGAGCCUGUGGCCUGGUGCUGGCUGGCAAUGCAGUCAUUUUCCUUACAAUUUUAGGCUUUUUCCUUGUGUUUGGCAGAGGAGAUGAUUUUAGCUGGGAGCAGUGGUAGGAGCUCCUGUGGUGCUGGUAAUUCUGAAUAUUUUACAGCUUUUUAUUCCUCCUGUGUGUAUGUAUAAAUAUUAUAAUGUGUGUGGUCUGUUAUCCACCUGGCUUUACAUUAUCCCUUCAUAAUUUGCUUUUUGAAAUGCACUUCAGCCAAAGGGACAGUGCUGACAGUCACUAAAAUCUGGAAUUAUUGGGAAUUUCUCCUUGGAGAAGUUUACAAAACUUACAAGCAGUUUUAUCCAUUUCUCACUCUCUUUGCAUUAAUUUUUGGUUUAAUUGCAUUGAGCCAUUGGUCACUAUUCCUGUUGGGUUUUUAACCAUAAAAUCAAAGAAUGAUAAAAAGAUUAUCCUGAUGGGGAUUGUUCAGCUUGAUCAAUCUUUCUGCUUUAAUUAGGAUUUUAAUUAAUGUAUUUCAUUUACAUCUCAUUAAUUGUAAUUUGAGAAAAAUUGUGAUUUUUCUUAAUGAUACAAAACCAAAUGUAAUUAAUGUCAACUCUUACUGCCUAAUGAAAGGUUUAAAAACCCUUCCACUUAAUGUUUAAGAUAAUUUUGUCCUCACAAAGAUAUUUCCUGUCCCUAUUAAAUUUAAAAAUUGUGGCUGUAUUUGGUUAAUAAUAUAUUUUAAUGCAUCUUAAAGCUGCCAUGACUUCUGUGAAGGUUCACAAAAGGAGAAACUCCCCCCAGGACAGUUAAAAUCACAAUUUAAUGUUCAACUCUGUAUUUUUCUGGGUAGGAUUUCUUAUUUUCUCCUUGCUUUUAAAACAAACUUCAGCUCCUUUUUUUUUUUUGUCUGGAAGAAGGUUGUUCUCACAUUAAAACACUAUAUUUUUAAACAGCAUUAUUCUAGUAAACAUUCUCAUCAUCACACUUAAGAAAAUAGGAUUUUAUUGCUUUAAAUGAUGGGAAUGGUCGGGAAUUAAUUAACUAAACACUCUGAAAUGGGGACAGAAAUAAUUUUGUGGUUCCCAGUCAUAGGAUAUGGAAUGGAAAUGGAGUUUCAGGAAGGUUAAUUCCAUGUUUAUCAUGGAAAUUUCAGCUGUAUUUUAUAUUUGAGGGGUUCCAGGCUGUCCCCUGCUAAAAAAAAAAAA